AAAACAGUACAAUUCUGUUACAGAACCAGUCUAUUAUUUAGGACAGCUCAUGCAUCGCGCGCAUUGUACCAGUGAUUUUAUUCCUCCAUUGCAGAGUUAAAUAUUGGCAUUUUCUGGUUGAAGGCUGAAGGGUAUCCCCAAGUUGUAGUCGUAUCAAGCAUUUUGACCAUGCCGAAGAAGAAGACGGGUGCUCGCAAGAAGGCUGAGAAGCAGAAGGAGCGACAGAGAGAGAUCCGCAAGGGAACAGAGCAGAGGCAGAUAGUGCAAUGGCCGUGCAACUUUACUAUGGAGUGUGACAAGUGUGGCAGACGACAGAAGAACCGGGCAUUCUGUUACUUUUGCAACGCAGUCCAGAAGCUCCCCGUCUGUGGGCACUGUGCCAAAGUGAAAUGUAUGCAGAAGUCGGGGGAUUGUGUCAUCAAACACCCAGGGCAGUUUACCACCGGUCUUGGUAUGGUGGGAGCAGUGUGUGAUUUUUGCGAGGCGUUCAUCUGCCACGGCAGGAAGUGUCUAACAACCCACGCCUGUGAAUGCCCGCUGACUGACUUGGAGUGCAAAGAGUGCGAGCGUGGAGUAUGGGAACACGGUGGAAGAAUCUUUAAGUGUUCUUUCUGUGACAGCGCGUUGUGUGAGGACGACCAGUUUGAACAUCAGGCCAUGUGUCAGCAAGUAGAAGCAGAAUCCCUGAAAUGCGCAUCCUGCAACAGGCUUGGCCAGUACUCUUGUCUCAGGUGUAAGAUUUGCUUUUGUGAGGAUCAUGUCAAGCGUAAGGGUUUCAAGUACAGCCGUGGUGAGCCGAUUCCUUGCCCAAAGUGCAGUUAUGACACCAAGGAAACGAAGGAACUCAGCAUGUCCACACGGAAAGUUGCGUAUGGUCGGCAAAGCAACGAUGCUGGUGCGGGGAGCUAUUCGUACACUUAUGAUGAUGACGAUGAUGAUAAUGGUGGUGGAGGCUACGGGUACUACGGUGGUGCUGCUGCUGCUGGAGGGUCUUACUAUGACAACGACGAUGAUGAUGAUGAAGACGAUGAUGAAGAUGACGAGGACGAUGACGACAAAGAUGACGAUGAGGACAAUGAAGUUGACAAUGAUAUGGCUGAUCAUCUGACGUCCCUGAAGGUUGGGCCAACAUAUACAUGAAUUCGGAAUAAUGCGGAGGUACAGGUUAUAAAAAUACGGUCGUUUAAUCAAGUACCCCUAUGAAUAAUAUCCAAUUGAUUUUGGAGGCACUCAAUAUUUGUAGUGGAACUCUCUGGUUUUCAAGAUUCUAAUAGCCACUUUGUGGCAAACAUGCUCAAAACUCUUACUUGAAUGUAGUCUUUAGUAGGGCUUUAUCACUGCACACUUAUGGGACACCGCAUUUUUUUGCUGCAGCUUUGGGCAAGUUCGAUCAAGGGCCAAAGUUUAACUAGUUGUUGGUUCUUGACGUGCCUAGCGCAUGCGCACUUGAGUUGAAUUGCAAACGACUCUAGUUAAACUAUUGUUAUGUCAACGACCAUUUUUUUUUUUUUUUUUAAUUUUAGGGUUCAUCAAAGUGGUCAGUACCUACUUCCAGAGCAAAGAGGCCUAGUUACAUUUUGAACUAAGAAAAAAAUAAAGAACUCUUUUGAAUGAUACACAUUCAGCAUAUACCACAUUCAAAUGCACACCUUUCUUUAUCUGUAUUUAUUAUACACAUACUGAUAACAGUAGUUUUUACUUCUUUUGUCAAAUUUCCAAACAAUGUGCAUAUGUAAAGACAUACACCGUCAAAUAAACUAUGAUAUAUCUGAAUUGAAAAUAGUUUUCUUUAAAAGUCUCAUCUCUUUUAUAAAUAUUUGCUUUCUAAAAAUUCAAAAAAACUCA